CUCUGAAGCAGAAGGUGGCGGUAUUGCACUUAAAACCAACUGCCGUAAAAACUCAAGAAGAAGAAGACUGAUCAUGCGAACGUUUUCAGAAUGGGUACCCAAGUGAAAGAUGUCAUCAUUAAGCCUGACGCUCCCAGCACACUGCUGCUGGACAAACAUGCAGACUACAUCGCUGCCUACGGCUCCAAAAAGGAUGACUAUGAGUACACGCUGUCAGAGUACCUGAGGAUGAGCGGCAUCUACUGGGGUCUGACGGUGAUGGACCUGAUGGGGCAGCUGCCCCGGAUGAACCGGCAGGAGAUCAUAGACUUCAUUAAAGCCUGUCAGCACGAGUGUGGAGGCAUCAGCGCCAGCAUCGGACACGACCCCCACCUACUCUACACCCUCAGCGCCGUCCAGAUCCUGUGCUUGUAUGACAAUGUAGAUGCACUUGAUGUGGACAAAGUGGUGGAAUACAUCAAAGGGCUGCAGCAGGAAGACGGCUCAUUUGCAGGGGACAAAUGGGGAGAAAUAGACACAAGAUUUUCCUUCUGUGCUGUUGCCACACUUGCAUUACUGGGCAAGAUGGACACAAUAAAUGUUGACAAAGCUGUAGAGUUCGUCUUGUCCUGUAUGAACUUUGACGGAGGUUUUGGCUGCAGACCUGGUUCAGAGUCUCAUGCUGGUCAGAUUUACUGCUGCUCUGGCUUCCUGUCGCUCACCGGUCAGCUGCACCAGGUGAACGCUGACCUUCUGGGCUGGUGGCUCUGCGAGAGGCAGCUGCCGUCCGGAGGCCUCAAUGGACGACCGGAGAAGCUUCCAGAUGUGUGCUACUCGUGGUGGGUUUUGGCAUCGCUGAAAAUCAUUGGUCGGAUCCACUGGAUCGACAAGGCCAAGCUGCGAUCGUUUAUACUGGCCUGUCAAGACGAGGAGACUGGAGGUUUUGCUGACAGACCGGGAGACAUGGUGGAUCCUUUCCACACUCUGUUCGGAGUUGCAGGUCUCUCCCUUCUCGGAGAUGAACAGAUCAAGCCAGUGAAUCCUGUUCUGUGCAUGCCUGAGGAUGUCCUGCAGAGGAUCAACCUGCAGCCUGACCUCCUCAGCUAGCCUUCUGACACCAUCAUCCCACCACACUCACACACACCUGCCCUGCUUAACAACCCAACUACCAUGGCUGUGUGUCGGGAGCAAAGAGAGGACCACCACACAUCGUAGUGUUAGCUGAAGUCUACAGACACAUUUUAGAUGCAGGUUUCAGUCUAUGCUCACUAAGGACAAAAAGAGUUGCGCAGUUCUGACUCGAUUCCUCUGAGUCUGUCUUUACACCCUCAACCAUUAUGUUAUCAAGGUACUUUUGUUGAUUUUACUGCAAGAGAAGAGUUUGGGAAAGAGAUGCUUUGAAGUGUGAUCGUCGUUGCUAAAGCCCAGAAAUCAUUGAGCAACAUUCCUUAGCAUGUUGACUUACUCACCAUGUCGGUUUGUCUGAUGGAAAACAUGGGACAAACUGUUGUGGAAGUCAGUUUUUUACAUCUUUCUUGCUCCCAUCACCCUGUGAGGAAGCUUUUUUUCAUGUACUUUACCUGAAUGAUAAAGGAAUAUUCAAUUUAAUUUGACAGAUUUGUGCAUCUGAAACAGAUUGUGUGGAACAGACAAGAAUGAGAACGUUUGCUCUGUGAUUUAAUUUUGUUUUUGGGGCUUAAGACACUUGACUGCUUUGUUGUUGGAGAGUUCUGCCUUUUUUUAUGCACUUACUGUUUUAAAUGAAAUAACUUCCGUGUUUGAAAAGUGACAGCAUGUAAAGGGCAAAGUAUCCUCGUCCUGUUAUAAACUUGACCAAUCAUUCUACUACCGGGUUAAUAGGUCUCACAACUGGACAUGCGACACAUGACUUGUUGCAAACAAAAGAUAGUUUCAUUAAAAUAACUUCAAUUUACAGUAAAGAAAAUGUUUUUGCAUGAAUUGGAGCAUGGGGCAGUGUUUUUGUUUGACACCAAGAGGUAAAACACAUGGUCGUUGUCUCUUGCCAAUCCUCAGUCUCAGCUACACUAUUUAUUUAAAUCCAUGUUACUCAUCACAGCUUUGUUAUGCAGCUGUGGACAGAGGGUUUAGAUUUGCACCCAAACUGUGUGCAAAAUUGAGAAAAUUUCAAGUCUUAGGCUUUGAUGUGUCUUUUUAUGUGUACUAAUUUGGUUAAAACUUUUUUUUUCUUUCAGGAAAAAAAAAUCUUUAUAUUGCUGCACUCUUGUCUUACUGAAUGCACAUUGUAUUUUGUUUGAUAACUGUUCAGUGUUGACAUUGUUACAGAAGGUAAAUAAAUCACAUUUACGUUAUGUUGAAUUUUUUAGUUUGUUAACGUAUUAAUUGACAUUGUUAUGCAAAUUAAUUGUAAGUCAUUACUAAACAUUGCACAGUUCUCAAGUAAUUGUGCCUCUUAAAGGUGAUUAAAAUCUGAAAAACAACUCAAAACCUUAACAACUUGUUAAACUACUAGGUCCCAUUGUUGUGUUGUGGGGGCAGCUCUAAUCCAAAAAGCUGAUUACUGUUGCACAACUUAAUGUGUGUAUAUUAAUGUAACUUAUUUGUAAUCUUUGAUUGGCAAUAAAUGUAUGAUUUCCCCCUCAA